CUUCAUUCACUCUUCUCACCUCCUGUCUCGACGCCACGACCUUUCAAAACACUCCAAAAGAGCUCACUCACACACACAAAUACGCGCCUUUCUCUUUCUAAACCCUAAUUUUCUCAAUCGUUUCAUCGAAAAACCGAUCAAUCGCGCCUCGAAGACUCUAUUGAUCGACUACGCAUAUAUGGACGAAGAAAAGGAUAAGGCUGAUCGGGGAGUCGACGAUUUAACCAGUACCGAUUCGAGCUGGGCGGCGCUCGGCGGAGGCUGCGAUUCCGACGCUGCUUACUUCUUCGGCACUGGACUCGAAAAGGACGACGGGAACCUACUCGGCGAUUUUGGAUGGAGUUUCCGGGCGGAGAACGGAGGCGGCUUCGCUAGGAUGGAUUCCGAUUUGGCGGGAAAUUGCGCGAGUGACGACAGGUUUUCCGUCCCGGUGAGUUCGGCUGCGGCGAAUGCUACGCCGAGAGACGGUUGCGCGGAACCGGCAGCGGUCAGUGCGGCGGGGCAGACGUCUUCCAGUUCCUCCUCUGAUGCACUGGAGAAGUCCGCUGCAUCCGGCGGAUCGACCUCGCGGCCGCCGGCAGACACAGUAAGCAAAGUUAAAAAGAAGGGGCAGGCGCGAAUGAAACAACCCCGAUUUGCAUUCAUGACCAAAAGCGAAGUUGAUCACCUGGAAGAUGGUUACAGGUGGAGGAAAUAUGGGCAGAAAGCUGUUAAAAACAGCCCCUUUCCCAGAUUCAUAGUGACUCUGGUUAAGUGUUUGGUCACUUAAUAUGUGAUGCAUACGAGGUGUUCGAUGGUUUGUGUGCAGAAGUUAUUACCGCUGUACGAACACCAAAUGCACAGUGAAGAAGAGAGUGGAGCGGUCCUCGGAGGAUCCGACGAUUGUGAUCACAACGUACGAAGGGCAACACUGUCACCACACUGUUGGGUUCCCAAGGGGUGGAUUUAUGGGUGAGGCGGGCGGGUACAUGGGUCCUUCAUCGUACCCGUUCGCCUCACAAUUGUACCUUCCACCGAGGAUCCACUUUCCUCGAGAAGAGAUGGGGUCUCUUCUGGGUAUGGGUAUCCCUUACUUGCGUCAUAAACAGAGUGGUGGUGAUGGUGAUGGUGGUAAUAAUGGAGCCGCGAAUGUGUUAUUGGCUUAUCCGCCACAACUUCCGCCGGAUGAAGGAUUGCUUGGGGACAUGGUGCCCCCUGGGAUCCGAAACAAGUUAUCCUAAUAUCAAGAUAAAGUGCUAGGAUAUUGUACUAAUAACAAUGUAAAGCUCAUGCUAAGAAGCUGGUAUGCAGAUCAUAAUCCGGGCUCAGUCGACUUCAUUUUGUUUGGUAAAUAGCUAGGCAUGCCCCAAGCCCCUUGUGUUGGGUUUUAACACCAGUAGUUGGCCUAUUCCCCAGCCAGCCAGCACGAUUCACAUACCGGAAUGAAAGUCGAGAAUCUUGUGUCGAUAAUUACCAGUUUGCAUCUGAUCAUUUGUCCACGCAUAUAGCAUAGCUUAGGAGUUGAUUCCUAAUUGUGAUAAACUUACCAAUCUGACCGCAAUUGUGAUGUAAAUAUGUAGUUCUAAUCAAGUCUGGGUUGUUAUUUGCCUCAUACAUGAAUCCCAGUUAGUAUUAGUUUACUAUUACUACCUUAGUAUUGAU